AUGGAGGAGGAGACGGUGAUGGAGAAGAAGAAGCACAAAGGAAAGCACGACAAACCGAAGCCAUGGGACGAAGACCCCAACAUCGACCGUUGGAAGAUCGAAAAAUUCGAUCCUUCUUGGAACGAAGGCGGCUUGCUCGAAGUUAGCUCCUUCUCUACUCUUUUCCCUCAAUACAGAGAAAAAUACUUGCAACAAGCAUGGCCAAUGGUGAAAGGUGCUUUGAAAGAGUAUGGUGUUUCAUGUGAGCUAAAUCUGGAACGAUUUGUUAAACGGAGACAGCACCUUGUGGGCCCAAAUUCUUCUACUUUAAAGGCGCUUGAAAUAUUGACAGGCUGCUAUAUCCUUGUUCAGGGAAACACGGUUGCUGCUAUGGGUUCAUUUAAAGGUUUGAAGCAAGUCAGGAAGAUUGUGGAAGAUUGUAUACAGAAUAAAAUGCAUCCUGUAUACCAUAUCAAGAUUCUCAUGAUGAAGAAAGAACUCGAAAAAGAUCCAACCCUUGCAAAUGAAACUUGGGAUAGGUUUCUUCCAAAGUUUAAAAAGAAAAAUGUCAAGCAAAAGAAGGUCAAGAGUAAAGAGAAGAAACCGUACACACCCUUCCCUCCUCCUCCACAACCUAGUAAGGUUGACAAACUACUGGAAUCUGGAGAAUACUUUCUUAGUGAGAGAAAGAAAGAAUCAAAGAAGUGGCAAGAGAAACAGGAGAAGCAAGCAGAAAAAACAGCUGAAAAUAAAAGAAAAAGAGAAGCUGCAUUCAUUCCUCCUGAGGAAACCUCAAAGCAGGAUUCUCGUAAUCAUGAGGAUCAGAACAAAGAUGUUGCUGCUAUGGCCAUGUCACUGAAGGAGAAGGCGAAGAAGUUGAAAAAGCAGAAGUAUGCUGAGAAUAUCAAUGCUGAAGAAUAUAUUGCAGCAUCUGGAGAAGAAUCGUCAAAAAGAAAGAAGAAAUCGAAACAUUCUUAAUCUAGAUUAGGCACAAUGAUGAUCUGAUGAUAGUGUAUGGGAUUAGAGUUUCUGAAGUUAAUUUUCUUCAGUUGUAUGCCAUGUUUCUUAUUUGUCUGGGAAUGGUCUCACUGCUCUAGAAAAUCUGUAAUUUUAUCUGAUUCAGGGGAUUAUGAGUCUCUAUUUUGGUGUUUAAGACUACAAAUCUAAUGUCCAGUGUAAUCGUAGUUGAUUUUACAUUGUUUAUUUGGUGAAACCAGAUAAACUAGAGAGAUGAAUUGUUGAUUUAAGCGAAA